AUCUUGGAACAGUAGUAUCUCUUCUUUGAAUCAAUUCAAUCAUCAUCUGCUCACUCAUAUUUUUAGGGUCCAUGUCCGGGAACACCAAUUGCACGGUCUACAUAGGGAACUUGGACGAGAGAGUGAGCGAUAGGGUUCUGUAUGAUAUCUUGAUCCAAGCUGGGAGAGUAAUCGAUCUACACAUCCCUCGCGAUAAAGAAACCGAUAAACCCAAAGGCUUUGCCUUCGCAGAGUAUGAGACUGAAGAGAUCGCCGAUUACGCCGUCAAGCUCUUCUCCGGUCUUGUCUCUCUCUACAAUCGAACCCUCAAGUUCGCCAUAUCAGGACAAGACAAAGCACAGUCAGGUUCGGGUCAGAGGGGAAGAACUCAGUCUCUGGGUUUUGAAUAUUCGGAUAGAACUCAUCACCAUUCCGAGAGACUCUCAUCACUGUUGAUGCCUUCACCUACGCCUAUGCCUCUUGAUUACACUCAAGAGCCACCUCCGCCAGGAGUUUCAAAUGGAACCGGUUUGGAGUACAGCAGAAGGGUUCUGGGGUCGGCACUAGAUAUCAACCAUUCAAGACCGGGUCGCUACUGAUCUAGUGAGAAAACCACUUUUCUUUGCUUUUUUGUUGUUGUCAUGAUUAAUUAUAAUCAGUGUGUCUUGAUUCAUCCUGCAAAGAAAGAACUAGAGGGAGGUGAAGGUUUCAUGAUUGUAAUGUUCCAAGGAAGUUUGAUGUAAUUUUGUUUUUUUUCGUUGAAAAGACAGAUUUUUCUGUGUUGUUUAGAACAAAGGUAACGUGUUUCAGAUUUGAAACCAAGUAAGUGGAUUACAUUUGCAGGUGAAUUAGCC